ACCCCAUCGCACAGUCAUCCUGAUCCGAGUGAGACCGGAGAGUAGGAGAAUCACCUGUUUUUACUGGGGUCCGUGGGGAAGCAGACCCAGUAUGCUAGGGACCCUGGUGCUGGGCAGGAGCCUUCGGAACGCCUCUGGUUUCUCCGUCUCGGUCACGCAGCUGUGGGGGGCCCCCCACUGUCAUCCACGCAGGGCAGAGCGAUGCCACUCCCAGGGUCCCUGCGCACAGAGGAACCAGAGCAACGCUUGGCACCCCCUCUGGAAGGGCCCGGCCUCUGUGCCCGGAGGCACCUGGCAGUCCCCUGUCAACAUCCGCUGGAGGGACAGCGUCUACGACCCGCAGCUGCAGCCCCUCAGGGUUUCAUACGCCGCGGCCAGCUGCCUGCACGUCUGGAACACCGGCUACUUCUUCCAGGUGGAAUUCGACGACUCGGCCGAGGACUCAGGGAUCCGCGGCGGCCCCUUGGAAAACCACUACAGGCUGAAGCAGUUCCACUUCCACUGGGGAGCGACGGACGAGCGGGGCUCGGAGCACACGGUGGACGGCCGCGUGUACCCAGCAGAGCUGCACUUAGUUCACUGGAACUCGGUGAAAUACCGAAAUUACAAAGAAGCCGUAAUGGGGGAGAACGGCGUGGCCGUGAUAGGCGUGUUUAUAAAGCUGGGGGCCCGGCACGAGGAGCUGCAGAAGCUGGUGCGCGUCUUGCCGGAAAUAAAGCUUAAGGGUGCACGGGCUGCUGUGGGCCCCUUCCAGCCCUCCCGCCUCCUGCCCGCCUGCCGGGACUACUGGACCUACCCGGGCUCGCUCACCACGCCUCCGCUCAGCGAGUCGGUCACCUGGAUCGUCCAGAAGCGGCCCGUCGAAGUGGCUCAGGACCAGCUGGCUGCCUUCCGCACGCUCCUGUCUUCUGCGCUCGGUGAAGAAGAGCGGUCCAUGGUGGACAACUACCGUCCACUUCAACCCCUGAUGAACCGCGAGAUCCGUUCCUCCUUCCAGGCCACGGAAGGGGGCAUCUGAGCAGAUGUCGCCUCUGACGCUAAACACAGAGAAAGAGAUCGUUGUUCCAGUCCCCGUGCUCUUCAGCUGCAGGGAAAGGAAACCACUUCAAAGCAGCUUCAUUGGGGUGGGGAACGGAAAUGUGGGACACGGGGUAGCUCGGGGCCCAUGGCAGGGCCCAACCGAGCCCCCGCUGACAGCUGACCCAGGCCACCAGCCUGGCCCCUGUCCGUCCACGCAACCUUGUCUCAGACAGGCACCCUCUGUGUCUCCACACGCAGAGGGACGGGGACCCACAUGCAUCUUCCCGGCCUCCAGGAUGUCUCGGUGUCCUGGGGCGGCCAUGACGUAUGACCACAAACCAGCGGGCUGACUCAACGGCAGUGUGUUGCCUCCCAGCUCCGGGGACUAGAAGCCUACACUGGUUCUGCCGGGAAGCUGCAGGCCACCAUGGCUUCCUGGCCUGCCCGGCCGCCAGAGGCGGCCUGCAUUCCCUGCUUGAGGCCCGGGGGUUCCCAGUGUGGCCUCUCAGGACCCCGUGCCGUUGAGCUAUGGUCCUUCUGCUUUUU